AGUCCUUGUGUGUGUGAUCAAGUGCUGAGCAGAGCAAAGCAUGAGCAUCAAACACAGCGCUGCAAUCAGAGCACUUCAAACACACAAGCAUCUGCUGGAAUAACAAGAAGCCUGAGCUCUCAGGAACCACAGGAGGAGCUUUCAAUCACACAACUGCGCUGGACAUGCAAACACAUCAGAGGACAGGGGAAAACACACUGAGAUUGAAGCUGAGGCUGCUGGGAGAGAGGAGUGAGAUGUGAGGAGGUGUGUGAUGUCUGAAGUGGCGUAUGCUAAUGUGUCUCUCGUCCCCCUCCUGCCUCCAGACACUCAGCCUCAUUUCAGUCACACCACAGCGCUUCACUUCAGAUAAACACACAAAUCCAUCAUCCAAACCGGGAAAACAUCACCGCACUGAAGUCAGAGUUUAGGAGAGGAAGGAUGUUUGAAGACUUCAGAAGCACGUUCUUCAAACUCAUGAAGAAUUAAUACAGCAGGACUUGAACCUGAAACAGCUCAAAAAUACAAGCAGCAUGACCGGCCAAGUGUUGGUGGAGAGCAUGGAUUUAUCAGCUCACAGACUCUCUGUGAAGACGUCUGUUGAAGAUGAGUCAGAGCGCGCUGAUAGCACUCUCAGCCGUGGUCAGUCGAUAUGUGAUGACACAUCCUCCGAGCUACAGCGAGUGGCCACCCUCGAAGCGCGUGGACUGAACUCACAGAACUCCUUCCGUGGCCGAGGGGCGCUGUCAAGAUUGGUGAGUAUGGUGGUCACUCUUAGAGAAUGGGCCCAUAAAAGCCUGCAGGAAGAGGAGGAAAGGCCAGAUUCUUUCUUAGAGCGCUUCAGAGGACCUGAACUCCAAAUUGCUCCCAGUCGGAUAAGUAUCAGACCCGAUGCUCAAGAUGGAUCCAACAGUGCCAAAACCAAGAAAAAGUCUGAUGUUUUCGUAUUGGCACCCGCCGAUGACCUGUACUACCGCUGGCUGUUUGUUAUUGCCGCAGCUGUAUUGUACAACUGGUGCUUUGUGGUGGCUAGGGCCUGCUUUGAUGAGCUUCAAACCAGGAACUUCAUUCUGUGGCUGGUUUUGGAUUAUCUCUCUGAUGUCGUUUAUAUACUGGACACCUGUGUGAGACUGAGAACAGGUUUCCUUGAGCAGGGUCUUCUGGUGAAGGACCUUACCAAGUUAAGAGAAAGCUAUUUUCACACAAUGCAAUUCAAGCUAGACCUGCUAUCCAUACUACCUACGGAUCUAGCCUACAUCGCCAUUGGCAUUCACGUACCAGAGCUGCGUUUCAAUCGACUGAUGCGCUUCUCACGUCUGUUUGAGUUCUUCGACCGCACCGAGACCCGCACAAACUACCCCAACAUGUUCCGCAUUUGCAACUUGGUGCUCUAUAUCCUAGUCAUCAUUCACUGGAAUGCCUGCAUCUACUUUGCCAUCUCCAAGUCUCUGGGGUUCGGAUCCGACCAGUGGGUCUACCCAAACAUCUCUGACCCUGAGUUUGGGACACUCACUCGAGGAUACGUCUACUGCCUCUACUGGUCAACCCUCACACUGACCACCAUUGGGGAAAUGCCGGCUCCGGUGCGGGAUGAGGAGUAUCUUUUUGUUGUUUUUGAUUUCCUUGUUGGCGUUCUCAUUUUUGCCACCAUUGUUGGUAAUAUAGGAGCCAUGAUAUCAAACAUGAAUGCCACACGGGCCGAGUUCCAGGCUCACAUCGAUGCCAUCAAACACUACAUGCAGUUCAGAAAGGUCAGCAAAGAGCUGGAAGCCAGAGUCAUCAAAUGGUUCGACUACCUGUGGACCAACAAGAAAGCAAUUGAUGAGCAGGAUGUCCUAAAGAAUCUGCCCAACAAACUGCGGGCUGAGAUCGCCAUCAACGUGCAUCUGGAUACACUGAAGAAGGUCCGAAUCUUCCAGGACUGUGAAGCUGGGCUUUUGGUGGAACUGGUGCUCAAGCUGCGGCCACAGGUUUUCAGUCCCGGAGACUACAUCUGCCGAAAGGGGGACAUAGGAAAAGAGAUGUACAUCAUAAAGGAGGGUCGCCUUGCUGUUGUGGCUGAUGAUGGGAUGACCCAGUUUGCACACUUGACGGCCGGCAGCUGCUUUGGCGAGAUUAGCAUCCUCAACAUCAAAGGCAGCAAAAUGGGCAACCGACGCACCGCUAACAUCCGUAGCAUUGGCUACUCUGACCUCUUCUGUUUGUCAAAGGAUGACCUGAUGGAGGCUGUAAUGGAGUAUCCGGAUGCUAAGAAAGCUCUGGAAGAGAGGGGAAGACAGAUCCUUCUGAAGGAGGGCCUGCUGGAGGAGUUGGACGCAGGUGGCAUGGGGGAAGAACGGGUUGAGGAGAAAGUGGAGAGGUUGGAAGCUUCUUUUGAAAUACUACAGACUCGGUUUGCUCGGUUACUGGCUGAGUACACAGCUACUCAACAGCGGCUGAAGCAGAGACUCACAGCACUGGAGUGUAGGACAUGGCACUCUGGCAGCGGCUUCCUCUCGGAUGGCAAUGAAAGCACUGUUGACGGUGACGGUACACACAGUGAGGUCAACAUCCAGCUCUGAGCACUUGCUUCUAAGAUAGAACCUUAUACAGUACAGUGGUCUUAAUGACCAUUCAAUAGCGAUAAUAUAUGAACACUAGAAAGAACAUAAAAUUGUUUCAUAAAUGCCAUGGAACAGACCUCAAUUGACUGUCUUAUAAAAACAUAUGCUUUUGCCCACCCCAUUUAAAGGUGUACUGUUUUAUUUUUGCAUUUUGUGUAAAGUUUUGCUAAAAGUUUCCAACAUCAAAAACGAACAGCACUUUUGGGGUAUACAUUUAACUGAUGGGACUCCAGAUUUAUGAAUCUUCAAGAAACAAACAAAAACGUCUAGACUUAGAAAAAUGUUUUAUUGUACAUCAUCCUUCAUUAGUACUGCCAUGUUGAGAUCACAUGAC